UAGAGUGCUUACUUAAGUCCUGGCAAAUCAUAGAUGGGGGAAAUGUCUGUUCCAAGAUUCCAAAAAAUAAACUUUGGAACAUAUGAUAACUACAUUCCAGUCAGUGAAUUAAGCAAAAAGUCAUGGAAUCAGCAGCACUUUGCCCUGGCAUUUCCCAAACCACCACGGCCAGGGAAAAAAAGGAGAUCAAUACCAUCCCAACUACGAGACAAUACAGUUCCUAAAUAUGAAGAAGAGAAAUUAAAAGAAAGUCCUAAACGACCAUUAUGGAUGCACAGUUCUUUAAUGAGAAUUUCUGAGAGACCAUCUGAUUAUUUAGCUGCCAGGAUGAGGCCUCCACAUAAACCAACCCAUCACUCCAAGGGGGAUGCUAAAGCAGCACAUGCACACAAACCUGCACCUCCAGCAAUAGGUAAGAAAGAUAAAGAAGACAAGAAAGCACACAAGAGAUACCAAUCAGAAUCAGAAACAGAAUCCACAGUUUCAAUGGGGCCACAAAUAACUAGGAAGGAAUCAAAAAUAGAUAAGGAUAUAGGAACAGGAACUAAAGGUGAAAAAGAUGUUGCAAAAACAGAUGCCAAGAAGGAGAAGAAAGGUACCAAGAUGGCUAAGGAGUCAGGUACAUCUAGAGAAUCUGAAGAGGAAAAGAAAGCUGCAAAAAAAGAUACCAAAAAAGAAAGAAAAGACUCAAAGAAGGGUAAGGAGUCAGGUAUAGAAUCUGAAGGUGAAAAGAAAGGAGACAAGAAAGAAAGAAAGGAUUCAAAGAAGAUCAAGGAGUCCUCAGCUACAGAAUCUGAAGGUGAAAAGAAAGAUGUCAAGAAAGGUUCCAAGAAGGAUAAGAAAGAUUCAAAGGACAAGGGGUCAGGAAUAGAAUCUGAAGGUGAAAAAAAGAAUUUAAAGCAAGAUGCCAAAAAAGAUAAAGAUUCAAAGAGCAAAGGAUCAAGUAUAGAAUCUGAAGAUGAAAAGAAGGCUGCCAAGAAGGAUGAGAAAAAGGAUUUAAAGAAACCAGGAGAGAAAGGUGAUGAAACAAGAAAUAAGAAAGAAUCCAAGAAAGAUGCAAAGACAAAGGGAAGUAAAAAAGAUAAGAAAGAUGAAAAGAAGUCCAGUAAGACAGAUAUUGAAUCAAAGGAUGAUACCAAGAAAGACACCAAGAAGAAUUCCAAAAAAGAUGCAAAGAAAGAUACUGACACAGAGUCUCCUGAUUCAAAGAAGGAUGCAAAGGAUGCAAAGAAGGAUACAAAGAAGGAUGCAAAGAAGGAUGCAAAGCAAGGCAAGUAGGCCUUGGAAAAUAAUUCAAAAGCAUGUUCAAUAAAACAAUUUUAGCAAACCUAUGACAGGAGGCCUCAAAGAAUCCAAUAAUUUUUAAAAUAGGGCAAAUAAGAAGACAAAGAAAGACUCAUAAAAUCAUCAUAAAAAUAUAAGGAACAUAAGAAAAAAUAAGAAAUGGUUCAUUGAAGGACUUGGAGGAUACUUAUGCUAAGUUUGGGGACAUGAAGGGUUCAAUGAAAGAUCCCUAGAAAGGGUUCAAAGAAUAUUAAAAUCAGGAUGUAGAAGUUAAUGACAUUGGAUGCAUGGAUAAAAAAAAUGAAGACUUCAAAAAAAA